AUGGCAACGGGAAAUAGAGGAAGACAACUACCAAAGUUUGGGGAAUGGGACGCGAGUAAUAAUCCAGGCGCCGCCCAAGGAUUCACCGUCAUUUUCAACAAUGCCCGUGACGACAAGAAGACCAAGAAAACAGCUGUUGCAGCACCUGAGAGUCUUGUUAUACCUCCAACAAACAAUGAGUCUCAUCAGAAAAACAACAACCAUCAUAGCCAUCAAAACCAAAGCCAUCAUAAUAAACGUAAUUCUCAUAUCCCACGAGAAAAGAAGAAAUGGCUUUGCUUCCGUUAA